AUGUCUGAAGUUCAACAAACCCCCAACCACACAGCUCCCAAGACCAAGAGCAAGAGAAGAACUUGGUUGCAGCAUCGACGACAAGUCCAGAUCGAAAGGGAGAUUGCAGAGCAGCCCGAUCGAAGCGCAGGAGACAUGUCAUGCUCUCAGAUCUCCGGAGGCGCUCAGCGCAGAGCGAGCGUCCAAGGCACCAACACUACGACUCUCAUGACUCCUCCCACUGAGUUCGAGGAAUGGUCAACCAAGAGCUGCCCACCUUCUGCCAUCCGCAAUGUUCACAAUCCACCUGCCGCCAGAUCUGAGACCCCUGAGAGCAUCGAGGCUGCACCACAAAUCAGCACUCCAGACACUAUCUUUUCCACACUUGCCGGCCACAACUUCUUCAUCCCACCUUCAGCCUCACUCGGCACUGCCUCGCUGAUUCUCUUCAAACACAACACACCGUCUCUCGAACGCUUCCGUUUGCUCCACAACCAGCUGUUCAUCGAGCUAGGCCGUGUGGUUGAGGAGCAGUUGCAGCCUCCUCCCAUUCCAGAGACCAGCACCGAGGCGUAUAGACAGAGAGAAGAGCUCAUGCUGGGAUUGCUGACUGAGGUUGUUCCGGCUUUGAACCAUCUUACCGAGAGGGUGGGAAAAGAAGUAAAGUCGGGCAUUCAGAAGCACCAAGCAGCAUUGAGAUUGUGGACCGGAGAAAGAAGUCAGAAGGAGGAGGGACCUUGA